GUAGCGUGAUGACGUAAGCGGCGUUGGCGUGAUGUCGUAGGAGUGGCGGCGCGUGUUGCGGCCCGGGGUCUGUGCGUAGUUUUGGAAUUGUCGCGGGCAGUGGGGCGCCCUAGCUGCCAAGUGCACAUGGUUUGUUUCCGGCGUUUGCCUAGUGUCCUGACCACUCCGCCCCGUUGGAAGUGGGAAACGGAGAGGUUCUGUGGGGACAGAGCUGGGUGUUCUGAAGGAGUAAGCUCGCAUCCGAGGGGCUCUGGAGUGCCUUAGAGCAGAGCUGCGGCCGCGGAAGGGGAGCCGCUGAGAAAGGAGGGCCGCUGCAGGCGGGGUUCCAACCGCGGGGUCUGGGCUGCUCCCGCGGAGGGCCUGGGCGGCCGCGCGAUGCUGGGAGUCCGCUGUCUGUUCCGGUCCGUGCGCUUCUGUUCCUCCGCCCCUUUCCCCAAGCACAAACCUUCAGCCAAACUGAGCGUGCGGGAAGCUCUCGGGGCCCAGAACACGAGUGGGGAGCGCAUUAAGGUCCAGGGAUGGAUUCGUUCUGUCCGAUCCCAGAAGGAAGUCUUGUUCCUGCAUGUAAAUGAUGGGUCAUCUUUGGAAAGCCUUCAGAUUGUUGCAGAUUCAAGCCUUGACAGUAGAGAAUUAACUUUUGGGAGUUCGGUGGAAAUACAAGGGCAGCUGAUAAAAAGUCCAUCCAAAAGGCAAAAUGUGGAACUGAAGGCAGAAAAAAUUAAAGUUAUUGGAAAUUGCGAUGCCAAGGCUUUCCCCAUCAAAUAUAAAGAGAGGCAUCCUCUAGAGUACCUGAGACAAUACCCUCACUUUAGGUGUAGGACUAACGUUCUGGGUUCUAUACUGAGGAUUCGCAGUGAAGCCACAGCUGCUAUUCAUUCUUUCUUUAAGGACAGUGGCUUUGUACAUAUUCAUACUCCAGUAAUCACAUCCAAUGACUCUGAGGGAGCUGGAGAACUUUUUCAACUUGAACCUUCAGGUAAACUAAAGUUACCUGAGAAGAAUUUCUUCAAUGUUCCUGCUUUCUUAACUGUCUCAGGACAACUUCAUCUAGAAGUGAUGUCAGGAGCUUUUACUCAAGUGUUUACCUUUGGUCCGACCUUCCGAGCUGAAAAUUCUCAGAGCCGGAGGCACCUGGCAGAGUUUUAUAUGGUGGAAGCAGAGAUUUCUUUUGUUGACAGCCUUCAAGAUCUCAUGCAGGUUAUAGAGGAACUCUUCAAGGCUACAGCAAUGAUGGUUCUCUCAAAUUGUCCUGAAGAUGUUGAACUCUGUCACAAAUUCAUAGCUCCUGGCCAAAAGGACAGAUUAGAACAUAUGCUAAAAAACAACUUUUUAAUCAUUUCUUAUACUGAAGCAGUGGAGAUCUUAAAGCAAGCAUCCCAGAACUUCACCUUCACCCCAGAGUGGGGUGUUGAUCUACAAACUGAACACGAAAAGUACCUGGUGAAGCACUGUGGCAACAUACCUGUCUUCGUUAUUAAUUAUCCAUUAGCAAUCAAGCCUUUCUACAUGAGGGAUAAUGAAGAUGGCCCUCAGCACACACAGCAAGAUCCAGCAACAAGUACAUCUCGCCAUUUGAUGCUCAUGAACUACAGAGAAAGCAGAACAUCUUACCAAGGAUUGCCUCAUCUUCCUCAUCACUGGCCACCAGCCUCAUCUGGACUACCUUCUUCCGGUUAUUCCAUAGUUGCUGCUGUUGAUCUUCUGGUUCCUGGAGUUGGGGAACUCUUUGGAGGAGGCCUCAGAGAAGAACGAUACCAUUUCUUAGAGGAGCGCUUAGCCAGAUCAGGACUUACAGAAGUCUACCAAUGGUAUCUGGACCUUCGUCGAUUUGGAUCUGUGCCACAUGGAGGUUUUGGGAUGGGAUUUGAACGCUACCUGCAGUGCAUCUUGGGUGUUGAUAAUAUCAAAGAUGUUAUCCCUUUCCCAAGGUUUCCUCAUUCAUGCCUUUUAUAGCUAGAAGAUUGGUUAAGGAAAAGCACCCCAUGGCAGAGGCACUGCACAGGAUUGUGCAGACAGUAGAAUGCAUGUUUGGAUUUUAGAAAUGCAGAUUUCAACGUGUAAUUGUUGUGCCAUAAGAUAUAGAAAAAAUUUAAGUGGUUGUGAUUUUCUUAGAAAGUUGAGGGUAUUUCAUGUAAGGAUGAGCUCCCCCAAGAAGAGGUACUUACAGCAAGGGGACUCUCAAAUCCAUUACCUCAAUUAAGAAGAAAUGAAGAAAUUGAAUUAGGUAGUCUCAAAGUUUCUUUUAAACUCUAAAACAGGAUGAGAUAAUGUAUUUUACUUUGUCUGUACUCAUUAAAUCACUCCCUGUGUAAUUUUUGAGAACCAUCUAGUAGCUCAAAAUAAAAUAAUGUUGGAACUUUUCUCCCUUGCCAUAUACUUUGUGAUAAAUCCUUAUCUCAUUUCCAGUACUUUCCUAAACAUUGCAGAAAAAAAAUAUUCCUUAAAGUCUUAAUUGAUUUAACGAAGUAGUUAUUCUGAAUUAAAAUCUCCUUUCAUUGAACUGGAUGAAAUCAGAUUUAAUAACUGUUGCUUUUUCAUUUUAAAAGCUAUUGAGAUAUUACAUUAAGUAUUUCAACUCUUUAAUCACUGUUGUGUUAUAAUUUGUUUAUAUUUGAUGUUUAUAAUUUCUCUAAUAAAAUCGAUUUUUUUUAU